AUGGUGGUGACAAUGAGGGCUGUCCUACGGCUAAUGUUGAUAAGUACUAUAAGUCUGGAGCUCAUCAUAGGAAUCUUAGCCAAUGUAUUCAUAGCUCUGGUGAACAUCAUAGACUGGGUUAAAAGAGGAAAGAUCUCUGCAGUGGAUAAGAUCUACAUGGGCCUGGCCAUCUCCAGGACUGCUUUUGUAUUGUCAAUAAUCACAGGGUUCUUGAUAGCAUUUUUGGACCCAGCUUCAUUGGGAAUUGGAAUAAUGAUAAGACUCUUUACUAUGUCCUGGACAGUGACCAAUCAUUUCAGUGUCUGGUUUGCUACAUGCCUCAGCAUCUUUUAUUUUCUGAAGAUAACCAAUUUCUCAAACACCGUUUUCCUUGCCCUCAAAUGGAAAGUUAAAAAAGUGGUUUCGGUGACAUUGGUGGUGUCUCUGAUCAUCUUGUUUAUAAACGUUAUAGUCAUACACAUAUACACUGAUAGAUUUCAAGUGAGCAUGGUCCAGAAGUGUGGUACAAAUAACACUUUAAGAGCUUAUGGGCUCUUUCUAUCCAUUAGCACGGUGUUUACAUUCAUCCCAUUCACUGCAUCCCUGACAAUGUUUCUUCUGCUCAUCUUCUCCCUGUGGAGACACCUGAAGACCAUGCACCACAAUGCCACAGGCUCCAGAGAUGUCAGCACCGUGGCCCACAUAAAAGGCUUGCAAACUGUGGUCGCCUUCCUGUUACUGUAUACUGUUUUUGCUAUGUCACUUUUUUCACAGUCGUUGAGUAUUGAUGUUCAACAUACAAAUCUUCUUUCUCAUUUUUUACGGUGUAUCGGAGUAGCUUUCCCCUCUGGCCACUCCUGUGCCCUGAUCCUGGGAAACAAUAAACUGAGGCAGGCCUCUCUUUCUGUGAUAUUUUGGCUGAGGUGUAAGUACAAACAUACAGAGAAUCAGGGUCCCUAA